AUGGCUUCAAUGUUGACAACAGUUUCUGGCUGCAAAUUUUGUGAAAUCGCGAAAAAUGAGAAAGAUCUUCAUCUCAAAUCAAAAGAUCGGGUAAGUUUUUGUUUUUUUUUUGAAAAUUUAAAUAGAAACUUCGUUUGAAACCACAAGUUUUUCUUACAGUGCGUUGUGAUUUCGGACAUCAAACCCAAGGCCAAACAUCAUUAUUUGGUCAUCAGUAAGCAGCACAUUGCAAAGCCCACCGAUUUGACAGCGGCCGAUAUUGAAUUAUGUGAGUUAACCUAACUGGAAAAUCUGUAACCUCCAAAAUUACCUGCAGUAGAAGAGAUGGAACGAACUGGUCGUGAAGUUUUGCGCGAAAAGCUGAAAAAAUCGGGUGAAGCUGACACGGUUGAGGAUAUGCUUCGCGUCGGUUUCCACUAUCCACCAAUGCUCACCGUGCACCAUCUUCAUAUGCAUAUUAUCUAUCCGAUUAGUGAUGUAAGCUUUUUUUGGGGUUUGGAGGGAGAAAAUAUGCCACGUGGCAAUUUCAAAAAUUCAGAAAUGACAAGAAAUCUGAAAAUAAUUGAAAAUAAUGUCACCUCAUAGAAAUAUUCACUGGAAAUUAAGAAAAAAUGUGUUUUUUCAAUGCCACGUGGAUUUGAAGCCUUUUUUAGCCUGAAAAUGUACAAAUUUCAGCCUAAAAUGUCACGUUAAACAAAUAUGAGCUACAAAUUUAAUUUUGAUAAUUUUUGAAUGCCACGUGACAAAUUUUGAACCUAAAAAUCCACGUCAUAGCAAAUUCAAAACGCAAAUUAAAUAAUUUCAACAAAAAAAUCCAUUUUUUCUUGAAAACCAUGAAUUUUCAGCCAAAAAAUCUGAAAUUUUCAGUUGAAUUCUGGUUCGAAAAUCGAUUGAUUUUCAGACAACAAUUUCAGACAAAUUCUCGGCUAAAACCCUUGAAAUUAGAGCUCAACUUUGAGCCUAACAUUUUGAAAUUUUCAAAAUUCUAACCCUAAAAAUCCACGUCACGAAGUUUGCGUCAAAAAUUAACAAAACAAAUCCACGUGGCGAAAAAUUUUUAAUUUUUUCACAAAUGUUUCUAGCGGAUCUAAAAUACCGAAAUGACAAAAUUAUGAAAAUCUGAAAAUAAUCGAAAAAUGUCACGUCAUAAAAAUAUAGGGCUCAAGAAAGAAGUCAAUUUUGAGUCAAAAAUUCAAAAAAAAACAUUUUGGAGCUGAAAAUCUGGAAAUUAGAGCUCAUAUUUGAGCCUAAAAAAUAUAAAAUUUUCAAAAUUUUAAACUUAAAAAUCCACGUCAUGAAAUUCACGUCAAAAAUUAACAAAACAAAUCCACGUGGCGAAAAUUUUUUAAUUUUUUCACGAAAGUUUCUAGCGGAUCUAAAAUACAGAAAUUACAAAAUUAUGAAAAUCUGAAAAUAAUCGAAAGAUGUCACGUCAUAAAAAAAAAAUAUAGGGUUCAAGAAAUAAGUCAAUUUUGAGUAAAAAAUUCAAAAAAAAUUUAGAAGCUGAAAAUCUGGAAAUUAGAGCUUAUUUUUGAGCCUAAAAAAUAUAAAAUUUUCAAAAUUUUAAACUUAAAAAUCCACGUCAUGAAAUUCACGUCAAAAAUUAACUAAACAAAUCCACGUGGCGAAAAUAUUUAUUUUUUUCACGAAAGUUUCUAGCGGAUCUAAAAUACAGAAAUGACAAAAUUAUGAAAAUCUGAAAAUAAUCGAAAAAUGUCACGUCAUAAAAAUAUAGGGCUGAAGAAAUAAGUCAAUUUUGAGUAAAAAGUUCAAAAAAAAAUUUUGGAGCUGAAAAUCUGGAAAUUAGAGCUCAUUGUUCAGCUGAAAAUCUAGAAAUUUUCAUAAUUCUAACAUUAAAAUUCCACGUCAUGAAAUUUGCGUCAAAAAUUAACGAAAAAAUCCACGUGGCGCUGAAAAAUUAAAAUUCAAAUUUCACUCCAAAAACGUUGCAGAUGGGUCUGAUCUCUCGCAAAUUCACCUACCGACCCGGCAAAAUCUUCCGCGCCACUCGUGACGUCAUCGAAUCUCUUCGCGACGCGGCCGGGAUUCCAGACCCACUGGCCGGAAAUCCGGCGGUCAACGAUUCGCUGGAGCAAGGUAUUUCGGCUCACGCGAUCGCCAAUUAG